GCACAAUUCCUCAGUGCGGUGCGCCGUGCCCCUCCAACCCGGUCCCUCGCCCGGCCGUCCUCCCCCUCCACCCUCCACCCUCGUCCCGUCUCCGACUGGUUUGAUCGCCGACCUACUCGACUCGCCCAUCCGUAGCGGCAUGCUGUUUUUGAUCCGACGAGGCACAGAGUCGAUACCAAUUGCACGCGCCAGCCGUUCCAUCGGAUCACUCUUGAUUCGCACCACCACUGCCAACCCGGUCGCCAACAAUAAUACCCCGCGCCAAUUCUCGACUUCAUUGCGCCAGCGCCAACACCUCGCCGCCGACACCGACAACGCCGCCGACACCAUGGCCGACAACACCAAGGACACCAAGGAGGACAUCAAGGCGCCUAAGCCGGCUGCCAACCUCCAGAUCAAGACCCCCAAGGGCACCCGCGACUGGCACGGCCCGGACAUGCUCCUCCGUGAGCAGCUCUUCCAGAGUGUUAGCGACGUCUUCAAGCGCCACGGCGGCACUCCCCUCGACACUCCCGUCUUCGAGCUCAGGGAAAUUCUUGCUGGCAAGUAUGGUGAGGACUCCAAGCUCAUCUACGACCUCCAGGACCAGGGUGGCGAGCUCUGCUCCCUGCGCUACGAUCUUACCGUCCCCUUUGCCCGCUGGCUCGCCAUGACCAGCACCCAGCAGGUCAAGCGCUACCACAUCGCAAAAGUCUACCGUCGCGACCAGCCCGCCAUUGCCCGCGGCCGCAUGCGCGAGUUCCACCAGUGCGAUUUCGACAUUGCCGGUGUCUACGACCCCAUGAUCCCCGACGCCGAGAUUCUGCGCAUCAUCGUCGAGGUCUUUGACGCCCUCAAGCUCGGCAUCACCAUCAAGCUCAACCACCGCAAGAUCCUCGAUGGUCUGUUCGCCGUCGCCGGUGUCCCCGCCGAAAAGAUCCGCACCAUCAGCUCUGCCGUCGACAAGCUCGACAAGAUGCCCUGGGCCGACGUCAAGAAGGAGAUGGUGGAGGAGAAGGGCUUGCCCGAAGAGGUUGCCGACAAGAUCGGCGUCUACGUGCAGAACGCCGGCAACAUCACCGACAUAAUAAACUACAUCAAGGCCGACGCCGACCUGCCCACCAACGACGACAUCAAGGCGGGUAUCCACGACAUGGAGCUGCUCGCCGCCUACCUCGAGGCCCUCGAGGUCACCGACAAGGUCUCGUUCGACCUCUCGCUCGCCCGCGGUCUCGACUACUACACCGGCCUGAUCUUCGAGGUCAUCAACAAGCCCGAGCCCGUGGCCGACGGCGACAAGAAGAAGAAGAGCAAGAAGGACGACCCUGCCAGCCAGGUUGGUUCUAUCGCCGCCGGUGGCCGCUACGACAACCUCGUCGGCAUGUACGGCAAGAAGCAGAUCCCCUGCGUCGGCAUCUCGUUCGGUAUCGACCGCAUCUUCACCAUCCUCAAGGCCCGGGGCGAGAACGACAUCAAGAAGCGCGAGGUGGACGUGUUCGUCAUGGCCUUUGGUGGCGGCAAGGACUUUGACGGUCUCCUUGUUGAGCGCAUGAAGAUUGCCAAGCAACUAUGGAACGCCGGCAUCCGCGCCGAGUACAUGGCCAAGGCCAAGCCUAAACUGCAGGCUCAGUUCAAGGCUGCCGAGGGUACGCCUCUGGGUGUCAUCCUGGGUGAGGACGAGCUCAAGGCUGGUCAGGUUAGGUUGAAGAAGCUUGAUCAGGGUCAGGGCCAGAAGGAUGAGGGAAAUCUGGUUCCUAUUGAGAGCUUGGCUGAGGAGGUCAAGAAGCUGUUGCUAUAGAUGUGUGGACAUUUUUGUGUGAAAUAAAAUAGAUUCCCCAGGUAUUGAGCGGG